GAGGGAAUGCUCUCCCUGCCAGAACUUGCCUCGCCACAAAGGUCUUUGGCCCUGCUUGUUGUUCUUCGUACCUUGCUGCUCCUGAGUCCCUGCGUUCCAGUGUUUCUGUUCCUGCCUUCGCCCCUGCUUGCCUCCUGCAUCUCUGCUUUGGGACUCCUGUGUUCCUGCACCUGUUUCUGUUCUUGCCCCUGCCUUGCUCCCUGCUGGCUCCCUGCAUCUCGGCACCUUGUUUUGGCGCUGUGCCCCCAGCCCGGUGCUUCUGCUUGGUCACAGCCAACUGCGCAAACUUCUGUCUGGGAGUUACUUUACAAGAGAGAUAUUGCAAGGAAAAGGAACAGUAGUGAAAAUAAGCUAAAGGUUUUCAUAGCAAGGAACUGAGUGUUAUCAUCUGGGAAGUGUCUGCCAGUUCAACUGCAGAAUAAAAAGCAGGAGUUACUUUAAAAAAAACUAACAGGCAGCUCUGCUUAGGUGGCAGAAGACUGAAACUAGCCUCAAGGAAGCAGCCGAACUGGAGCUGGGACAUUCAAGAGGCUACAACUGCUGCUUUUACUGGGUUGCCUUGAAAGAUCCCACACCCAACCCUUUCACCUUUCUGUAGCCAAUGAACUCAAUGAACCCAAUGAAAUCAUCGCUCCCACCCACCCCACAUGGUGAUGGUUCAUAUGCCUACGAGUCAGUUCCUUGGCAACAGAAUACCAAUCAGCCUGCAGGAUCUCUCUCAGUGGUAACCACUGUGUGGGGAGUCAGCAACACAUCCCAGAGUCAGGUUUUUGGAAACCCCAUGGGCCCUGGGGGAAACACUUCUGGCAAUCCCAUGAUGCCCAGUGUAGCCAGCAGUGGCUCUGGAAUGAAUUCACCUCAGUUUAUGGGACAGCAACCUUUCCCUGAAGGUUCCACUAACAAGAGCUAUGUGCAGCCUGGGAUGUACAGCCGCAACACUUACCCUGGAGGACCGGGCUUUGCAACAAGUUACACAGGUAGCCCAAAUGGCCCUGGAGGAAUGGGUAUUCCUUCCCAUGCUGUUCGACCCUCUGCAGACUUCACUCAAGCAGCUGCCGCCGCCGCUGUAGCUGCUGCUGCCGCCACGGCUACUGCCACCGCCACCGCCACUGUUGCUGCCCUACAGGAGAAGCAGAGUCAGGAACUGAGCCAGUAUGGAGCGAUGGGAGCUGGGCAGCCCUUCAACAAUCAGUUUCUCCCUCACUCGGGCCCCCGAGGACCAGCUGUGCCCCCUGGGAUGAAUCCUGCCAACAUGGGCGGUGUGAUGAGUGCUUCAGGGAUGCCUUCAAUGAGCAUGAACACUGCAAGGGCUCCCACCAUGAAUGCCCUGUAUGGUGGACAGCGGAUGCCCCAGCAUGGAUACCCUGGUCCCCCACAAGGCCAGCAGAUCCCUAGGCAAAGCGUCAAGCGAGCCUACUCCAAUGAGGGUUAUCCAGGACAACAGUAUAUACAGGGUGGCCAGUAUGCCUCCCAGGCUGGACAGUAUGCUCCUAAUGCACCUCCACCAUCUGCUCCAUCCCCAUCAUAUCCUGGCCACAGGAUGCCCAUGCAACAGGGAAUGAGCCAGUAUCUCUCAGCCUCUGGCACUAGUGGUCCAUACUAUAAGCCGACUGAUCAGUUCAAUGGUCAAACUGCCAAUUUCAAUGGAGGCAGCUUCAACAAUUAUGGACAGACUACUAUGAAUGGGCCUGGAAGAUCCAUGCCUGGUUACCCUAGCUCCCCUCUUCCUGGCAAUCCCACACCUCCAAUGACACCUGGAAGUAACAUCCCCCCAUACAUGUCCCCAGGGCAAGAUGUGAAGUCACCCUUCCUUCCAGACAUCAAGCCAAACAUGAAUUCUUUGCAUCCCUCCGCUUCUGGGAACCCUUGUGAUGAGUUGCGCUUGACGUUCCCUGUACGGGAUGGAGUGGUGUUAGAGCCCUUUCGCCUCCAGCACAACUUGGCCGUCAGUAACCAUGUCUUCCAGCUCAGGGAUUCUGUUUACAAGACUCUGAUGCUCGGGCCUGACUUGGAGUUGCAGUUUAAAUGCUACCACCACGAGGACCGGCAAAUGAACACCAACUGGCCAGCAUCAGUCCAAGUCAGUGUGAAUGCCACACCUCUGACCAUUGAACGGGGAGAUAACAAGACAUCCCAUAAGCCCCUCUACCUAAAGCAAGUGUGCCAGCCUGGCAGAAAUACUAUCCAGAUCACAGUCACUGCUUGCUGUUGCUCUCACCUCUUUGUUCUGCAGCUGGUUCAUAGGCCUUCUGUGCGGUCCGUUUUGCAGGGUUUGAUAAAAAAGCGUCUGCUGCCGGCCGAACAUUGCAUCACCAAAAUCAAGCGAAACUUCAGCAGUGGCACGAUCCCUGGGACUCCAGGUCCAAACGGGGAAGAUGGGGUAGAGCAGACAGCCAUCAAAGUGUCCCUGAAGUGUCCCAUCACUUUUAGGAGAAUCCAGCUUCCAGCAAGGGGUCAUGACUGUCGGCACAUACAGUGCUUCGAUCUGGAGUCUUACCUCCAGUUGAACUGUGAAAGAGGGACGUGGAGAUGUCCUGUUUGCAAUAAAACAGCUUUAUUGGAGGGACUUGAAGUGGAUCAGUACAUGUUGGGGAUUCUUAUCUAUAUCCAAAACUCCGAAUACGAAGAGAUCACCAUUGACCCAACAUGCAGCUGGAAGCCGGUGCCCAUUAAACCUGACAUCCACAUCAAGGAAGAGCAGGAUGGGCCAGUGCUGAAGCGUUGCCGCACCAUGAGUCCCACCCAUAUGGUGAUGCCUAACGUCAUGGAGAUGAUUGCUGCCCUGGGGCCUGGCCCAUCACCUUUUGGGCCUCUGCAACCUCCAUCUGCUGGCAGCAGUGGCAGUGACUAUACUACUCCAAGUUCAAACUUCUCUGGUCCUGGAACUUUCCCAGAUUCAUUCCCUACUGUCAACCCUGGCACCCCAACAUUAAAUGAGUUUAACCCAGGACCUCCCCCAAUCUCAUAUCAAUCUGACAUUCCUAGUAGCCUGCUGAGUCCUGAAAAGCCAUCUGCUCCCUCCAUCACAGGACAGAUUCCUUCAUCAAAUAGGAUGGCUCCAUCCCCACACAAUCCUGUCCAGCAGGGACUAAACAAUCCCAACCUUGCCAGUCAACCAGGGCAGCAACAGCAGCAGCUCCACCAUCGGAACCAACCUCCACCCCAGUCACGGCAGCCCAUGAUUCAGUCAGGCUCAGGAGGGCAGCUCCAUGGAGGGCAGGAACUUGCCUUCAAUCCUGGCCCUGGGGUUGCAGGGCCUCCCGGACCGGUGGAAGGGCCUGAGCCUUCCCUUGAUCUUCUUCCUGAGCUGACGAACCCAGAUGAGUUGCUCUCCUACUUGGGGCCUCCAGAUCUCCCUAAUAACAGCAAUGAUGACCUGCUGUCUUUGUUUGAGAACAACUGAGACCGCCCUAAGAAAACACAUUUACUGAGCUCUGCACACCACGUACUCAUCUGCACUUCACAUGUAUACACACAGAGAUGCGCGUAUACACUUACACAGUCAAUCCAUACCAUAGCAUCCCCAGCUGUUAUCAAGAGAGAGGCCUUGCCUUGUAUAAUGACAAUGCCCAAGGAGUCUUGCCAAUGAGUCUGAACAGUUAUAAGGCAACCCAACGAAAUUUUGGUCCCCAGUCAGUCAUCAUGGGUUUUUUGUUUUCUUGAAUGGCCUUUUACUGUACAGAUGUUCUGUUGCAGACACAAGGGCAGCUUGAUUGUAGCUGUCUUAGGGAGCCCUUUGUAUACAAGACAGAUGGUGGUGAUGCUGGUUGCAGUAGCGGGGGGACUGUACCUGAAGAAUUAAUUUUUUUAUUAAGUUGCUCAGACCAUGCUAAUAUGCUAGGUCCAGACAGACAGCAGCUGUACGGUUUCUCCUGAUGCUGCCCAGGAGACAUUCUGGAAAUCUGCAGGAAGAUAUGGACCCAAACACCUUUAUGAUAUUUUAGCAGAACUGAUCAUUCUUUCCUCCCUUUCCUCAUGCACCUCAUUCAGGAUCUUCAUCUCAGGAUGAACUGCAGUACCCAAACAAGUGAAGCCCUAGAAGGAAAGUGGCUGCUCCCUUUGUUUUGACAUUUCCCUGUGUUUUUUAAAACCACACAGCGCCAAUGAAGAAUAGAGAUCAAGAAAGAAGUACGUGGAGCUUGCUUGUCCUUGCAUGUCACUGGAUGUGGAGUCUCUCAGGAGCCUGUCCAAGCUCUUCAAGUCCUGGGGUGGACAUGGCAGCUGCUUUUUGUUUUGUUUUUGUUUGUUUUUUGGUCUUAUGGCUUCCAGCAUCAAGGAUGUGCCAGAACAAACCUGAAAUCAAGAUCAGAAAUCUAUUCACACUCCCUGAUCCAAAGGGUUGGUUCCUGUCUGAAAACCCUGCAAGAAAUUGAGCUGGAAAUCUCUGCCCCCACUCCUAUUCCCUAGUUUCUUCUCCAUAGACAACAGCAGCAAAGAAAUGCAUCUCUGGCUUGAAAGAACAUAUAGUUCCCUAGACAGAACCUGACACGCUGUCUCCAUCACACGAUGGAUCCAUCUACAAGCACAACAAUGUAUAUAAUGUAGAAACACUAAAGGAAACAAAAUUGAGGGGUGGGGGUGAGAAGGGGAGGGAAGGGAAAGAAAUAUUUAAAAAAGCAAGUGCAUCACUCUGUUGUAUAGUCUCAAGGGCAUCCCAGCCUUGGGCAAAGGUCCACUGUAUAAAUGUGCAUAAGCUUCCUAGAUUGUAAUAUAGACCAUUCCACAUGGGGCUGUGUGCACCAUCCAGAGAGUCAGUGCAUUUAGCCAUAGCCAGGAGGGCCUCCCUCAUGUGUGACAAUUGUGUGUCCCACCAAAGUAGGAUCUGGAUGCCGAAAACAAACUCAUCUUAAUCCUAAACCCCAGAAAUGAAGUGCAACACGUCAGUCCAAAACAAUGUUAUGUGUGUUGACUUGCCAUUCCCUUCCAGUCCUGCUCAGGAACCUGAUGCUGUUGAGGUUGCUUUUGGGAUGGUGGCAAAGAGGUCCCAAAUAUUUCCUCUCUGUGAACAAUUGAAUCCAUUGUUCAUGGCCAGGUUUCCUGAGCCAGGGAAUCUGUGUGUCCAAGUGCUGACAGCUCUGUUGAGUUUUGUGUAUCUUGUUUCAUUAUUAUAUUAAAGGAUUCUUUUUGGUGGGGCUUGCCAAAGAGCUUGUGUCAAAGACAAA